AAAGGGGAAAAAAAUAGCGAUACCCACGUUCUUUCGUUAUCACCAACCUCAACAACUAUCUCGUUCUCUUUCUAUUACUCGCUUCAAGUUCAAACAAAGAACUAUCCAUUUCCAUUUCAAUUCCAUGACAACAAACAAGAAGAAGAGGACAACGACGACAACAAGAACAACAAAGACCCGCCAUGCAAAUCCUCAAAACAGCCAUGUUUCUCCUUCUCCUCCUCCUCAUUUCCGCCAUUUCCGCAUCUGGGUUCGGAUCAAUGGGUCCCAUCUCCGCCGCGUUCGGCGACAACGGAUUCUUCUGUGCCAUUGAUGCCAGCGGGAAACAGGAAGUUAUAUGUUGGAGCAAAAACAGUAGCUCUUCUUUAUCUUCCUCUUCUCCUACUACUACUACUUCAUCCUCACUAUCAUCCUUGGACUCUACUUCUCAAGUUCCUCCAAUGGCAGCUCUCUCAGGUGGCGAAGGUUUCCUUUGUGGCAUCUUAGCUAACACUUCUCAAGUUUUUUGUUGGAGCCUGAUGGCGUCAGGUAUGGAUCUUGGUCGUUCAAAUUAUAAGACCAUGGCUUAUUCUUAUAUAGCUGCUGGAAAGAAUCAUGUUUGUGGAAUUAGAGGGGAUUAUUUUUCUGAUCAUGAAUCCGGUAUCGUUGAUUGUUGGGAUAUUGUAAAGAGUUCUAACAACACUUUAAGUUCAAAACAGAGUAUUCUGUUUUAUGAUCCGAGUAUUAGUAGUCUUGCUUUUAAAAAUAUUGUUUCUGGCGAAGGGUUUAGCUGCGGUGGGAUUAGAGAAGGAGGGCUUGUUUGUUGGGGACCAAAUGCCGCUAUUUUAGGGGUUUCCAAUGUUUCCGACAGUUUUUUAGUUUUAGCUUCAGCAAAAGGCUCUAUCUGUGGCAUCCUGGAUUCAUCUGGUGAGGUGAAAUGCUGGGGUGAUUCUGCCUCAUUUUCAAAUCCUCCUGUUGGGCUCCGUUUCGUGUCGUUGACAGCAGGUGCCCAUCAUUUUUGUGGGAUUCGAGAGGAUAAUCAUGGGGUGGAAUGUUGGGGCAAUUUCAAUUUUUCUUCGGUUCCAAAGCGUUCUGGAUUUAUGGCAUUUGCUUCAUCUGACUUCACUACAUGCGGUAUCAGGGAAGAUGAUUUGGUUUUGGAUUGUUGGUCUAUAAAUGCCUUCUUGCAACCAGAUUAUAAUCCUCCACUGGAAUUGUGCAGCCCUGGUCUUUGUCGCUCUACUUCCUGCAGUGAAGGGGAGUUUGCUUUCAAUGCAAGUAUUCUAAAUGAGCCAAAUUUGAAUAGCUUGUGUGUUAGGAGAGAUUUGCAGAUUUGUUCACCUUGUGGAUCAAACUGCUCCGAAGGUUUCUUCUUGUCUAGUUCAUGCACUAGGAAUGCUGACAGAAUAUGCACAGCUUGCUCUCUUUGCCAAAACAGUUCUUGUUGGGAUAUUUGUGGGCUCCAAUCAUCUCCAGAGAAGCACCGGCAUCACCUGCUUAGACUAGUGCUUAUAGUUGGUUCUUGUGCUACAGGUUUUUUGCUGAUAUUACUUAGCUGGUGUUUUCUUCCACGUGUUUUUGCUACUAAAAGGGAAGAAGGGACAAAAAAACAAUUUAAGUCUUGCGUAGGCAAACCAGAGUUGGAUGCUGAUACCACUGCUAAGCCAUUCCCUCCUCUUUCUAUCACUCCUUGCCCAGGGACAGCUCAAAUUUUCCGACUUUCAGAGCUAAAAGAUGCCACUAAUGGUUUCAAGGAGUUCAAUGAGCUAGGUAGGGGAAGUUACGGUUUUGUUUACAAGGCUGUGCUAACAGAUGGCAGGCAAGUUGCUGUCAAGAGGGCGAAUGCUGCCACCAUAAUCCACACCAACAAUCGUGACUUUGAGAUGGAACUUGAAAUCCUUUGCAAUGUGAGACAUUGCAAUAUUGUGAAUUUGCUAGGUUACUGUUCAGAGAUGGGGGAGAGACUGCUUGUGUAUGAAUAUAUGCCGCGUGGUACACUUCACGACCACCUUCAUGGAGGGCUUUCUCCCCUGAGUUGGAGCCUUCGUUUGAAGAUCUCAUUGCAGGCUGCGAGGGGACUUGAGUACCUUCACAAGGAAGUUGUGCCUCCCAUUGCCCAUCGGGACAUCAAGAGUUCAAACAUUCUUUUGGAUUCAGAUUGGGGAGCAAGAAUUGCAGAUUUUGGACUUCUUACAUCAAGUGAGAGGGAUCUUGAUCUUAGUGGAGACAUGAAAAGUGAUGUUUACAGCUUUGGCAUUGUUUUGUUGGAGAUUCUCACUGGAAGGAAAGCUUAUGACAGAGAUUAUACACCUCCGAGUAUAGUUGAAUGGGCAGUUCCCUUAAUUAAACAGGGUAAGGCAGCUUCCAUCAUUGAUUGCUACGUAGCUCUUCCUAGAAACGUUGAGCCUUUGCUUAAAUUGGCAGAUAUAGCUGAGUUGUCUGUUAGAGAAAAUCCUAGGGAGCGUCCUACUAUGUCAGAUAUGGUAAAUUUGUUGCUGCAAAUUGUGAAGGACGGACUGGUCUUGUGAUCUUGCCUCCCCUAAUUUUUGUGCAAAUCUAAUGAACAGAUUAGCAAUGUGCGUAGCUAUUUGGAACUGUAAAUCAACUUCUUGUACAUGAAAAUGAGAUGCAAUGUAUUGCUUAAUAUCCACAUUUUCUUUUCAACUCUACAUUUUUUUUAGUUAUGGAUGUUCAUACAAUAAUUUCGGCCUUCCAUGUAGCACAUUCGACGGCUAUUCCUCCCUGUAUCAUGUUCAAGUUCCUAGUAAGAGUGCUUGUGAUGAACUUAGUUUUUUUUUAG